GGGCGACCCUGCCGCCCGGGAGAAGGCGUUAAUCUUUCGGAUCCUGUUAGUUAAAUCUCGCCGCGGGUUUGGCUGCGCAGCGAGUGACAGCCGUGCCGGAGAGGAGAGUGUCCAAACUUGGGGCUGUCUCGCUUCUCCUGUUUUAUUUGUUGUUUUACGGGGGCGAGGGGGAGUUGGACACCGUGGACUGCUUAAUUAUCCCGACCUGACGGCGUGGAGAGCAGGAGAAGGAAAACACGAGCAGCAUCACCACCGUGUAGACGUGUCCACGCGUGUCCCUCGCGUGCGAUAUUGAUCUUAAUUUUUUCCACCUUCCCUUUGCCUGGCUUCCUUUUUGCAGCGCCGAGAGAGACGCACCGGCGGAUCUGCGGCCGGGUUUGGAGGGGGGUCCGACGUGCCCCGGAGGGAGCGCUGGGAUGCUCUGAGCCGGGCCGGCGCGCAGCGGGCUCCCUCGGCUGUCCCCCGGCGCCGGGGUGCGCACUGACAGAGAGAGCGGGGAGCGCUGGACGCCACGGAGUCAGCGCCGUGCUGAAAUGAGAUGAGGCUCAGGAAUGGGACUGUGGCCACCGCGAUCGUCUUCCUCACCUCUUUCCUCAGCUUGUCCUGGUACACGGCCUGGCAAAAUGGGAAAGAGAAGCUGGUUGCCUACCAGCGCGAGUUCCACGCCUUAAAAGAGCGCCUCCGAGUGGCCGAGCACCGCACCCUGCAGCGCUCCUCUGAGCUCAACGCCAUCCUCGAGCAGUUCAGGAAGGCCAUUGCAGAAACCAAUGGCAGCAAAGAUGCACUCACCAACUUCUCAGAUGAGACACAGAAGCUGCUGAAGGAGCUGGCUCACAGAAAACCGCUUCAAGUGCCAAAUAUCUACUACCACCUGCCUCACCUCCUCAACAAUGAGGAGAGUCUUCACCCGGCGGUCCAGGUGGGCCUCGGAAGGACAGGAGUGUCCAUCGUCAUGGGAAUCCCGACGGUGAAGAGGAAAGUCAAGUCCUACCUGGCAGAGACACUGCACUCCCUGAUAGACAAGCUGUCUGACGAGGAGAAACUGGACUGUGUUAUCAUCAUUUUUGUUGGAGAGACAGAUCUGGAUUAUGUGCACAGUGUCGUGGAGAGCCUGGAAAAAGAGUUCUCCACAGAGUUGAAUUCAGGGCUGCUGGAAGUCAUCUCUCCUCCUGCCAGCUUCUACCCUGACCUGUCCAGCCUGAAGGAGACCUUCGGGGACUCGAAGGAGAGGGUGAGGUGGAGAACAAAACAGAAUUUGGACUACUCCUUCCUGAUGAUGUAUGCUUUGAAUAAAGGGGUGUACUAUGUGCAGCUUGAAGAUGACAUUGUUGCCAAACCAAACUAUUUUGCCACCAUGAAAAACUUUGCACUCCAACUUUCUUCAGAAGACUGGAUGAUUCUGGAGUUUUCCCAGCUGGGUUUUAUCGGAAAGAUGUUCCAGGCUCCUGACCUGAACCUCCUUGUGGAGUUCAUCCUCAUGUUCUACAAGGAGAAGCCCAUCGACUGGCUCCUGGACCAUAUUCUCUGGGUGAAGGUCUGCAACCCGGAGAAAGAUGCGAAACACUGCGAGAGGCAGAAGUCCAGCCUGCGGGUGCGGUUCCGGCCCUCCCUGUUCCAGCACGUGGGGCUGCACUCGUCACUGGCCGGCAAGAUCCAGAAACUCACGGACAAGGACUUCCUGAAGCCUUUACUUCACAAAAUUCACGUUAACCCUCCGGCAGAAGUCUCCACGUCUCUCAAAGUGUACCAGGGCCAUACUCUGGAGAAGACCUACAUGGGCGAAGACUUCUUCUGGGCCAUCACCCCAAUGGCGGGAGACUAUGUUCUCUUUAAAUUCGACAGGCCCGUCAAUAUUGAGAGGUACCUGUUCCGCAGUGGAAACCCAGAGCAUCCUGGAGACAAGAUCCAAAACACCACUGUGGAAAUCAUGCCCGUCUCGGAAGCUGGACUGGAGACCAAAGAUAAAUCCAAACGAACAGAAGACCGCUUCUACAGAAUCGGGCAGUUUGAGAACGGGGUGGCAGAGGGCACCGUGGACUCCAGGUUUAACCCCGUGGCAGCGCUGCGCUUGAAUGUGCUCCGGGAUUCGGCCGUGUGGGCCAUUCUGAGCGAGAUCCACAUCAAAAGAGUGUCAGGCUAACAGCCCUUGCUGGUGUGAGACAGUUCCGCGCUGCCCUUUGUGAACAGAGGCCUCGCUGCAAGCAGCAGCAGAGCCAGUGGAAGGACAUCUGGCGCUUUCCUGUCUCUGGGAACGAAGGACGCUCUGAGUCUACCUCUUGUGAAUACUACUGUACAGCAGUUCCCCAGCCCCCCACUGGAAACCUAACGCGCAUUCCCACACCAAACCAGGUCACCUAAACUGCCAGCAGGAAGUGCAGAAAAUACCCAGAGUGCUCCAGCCACCUUGACACGCAGCUCGUUCUGGGAAGCCCAGGCUGGGAGGGUAGGUGUCGCUUUUCUAGGGCACGCUUCAGUUGAACGAGCCACAAGGUGGUCCAGAAAUCUCCACCAGAGUACGCCAGUUCCGUGACGGAGGUGACAGUCUGUCCCGGGUCUCCUGUCCUCUCAGGACAGGGCGGUGUGCCUGUAUUCUACACCAGUCUCCAAACACAAACUGUUUGGGAUGAACCCUCUGGAGCCAGAGCCAAACACCGCUAAGAAACAAUAAGCCAGCAGCUGUUCAGUUCAUUCCACAAAGGGGAACCAACAAAUAAUCACACUGUGCAGUUUUCUGUUUUGUGAGGCUAAUGACCUGUGUCAUCCAUGAAUCAAGCAGUGUGCUUCAGGUGGGCGUGUUUUGAGUUUCUCAGUGGCUUUUUCUGAGAACAUUGUGCCAAGCGCUCCUUCAACUUCAUAACCUCUCACAAAUGGUUGCUUUUCGUUAUUAGAGGGGAAGCUUGAUUCUUGUUAUGCAAAAGUCCAUUCGAGACCAUGAGGUCGCUUAGCUGGAGUAAUGUUAAUUUAGCUGCCCGUUUUGCUUCUGUUUUUUACACAAUAAAGAAUUGUCUGAUACCUUCAUUCUCAGUCUAGAAUGCUAGCAUCGGGUUUGAAAAUUAAAUGUGUUACAAAUGUGUUGGUAUUCGCAUUGUCGUCUGCUGUGCGAAUCAACUUUGUGGUUACUGAACACAUCGGUCACCCAGGCACAGAAGAGGCUUCUCUCCAGCCACCUGGAUGUGUCCAGGGCGUCUGAGGGCCUGGCUGGGAAGUAUUGUUCACUGGGCCCACACAGCUAAAAGGUUUAGAAUAAUGGAAACACUUUCACCAGCUUUGUUUAAUGUAUUCAUAUAAGGAAAUCUGGAUUGCAAAUGUUGUAAUGUUUUAUAUACAUAUAAAUGAAACCAGAUUUCGAACCGUAAUAAUAUGCUGACAACUAUAUAUUCCCAUUUUUGGAUGUUUCUUCAAAAGUGCUCUCAAAACAUCUUUUUAAAAGCUUGGUUGAUGAUGUCAGUCAUGAUGGUGAAACAGCUCAAGCAGAAACUGAAAAUCACAUGGAAAAAAAAUGAUUAAAUGACUGAAAUAUGUGCAACACAAGACAUUUUCACUUCACUUCUCCCUUUUCUAAGAUGUAAUGAAAUUGAAAAGAGGGCGAGACUUUUAACAGUGGCUGGGGUAUCUGUCCCGAGCACGUUCAGUUCUAAGUCGAACUGUCCCGCAAUAUCAGUCUUGUGGCUUCCCGGCCCGGUUUCAGGCUAUGAAAUCUUAAACCGAUCGCCAUCGCCGUGAACGAAAAGCAAAAACUAGUGUGAACAUUUAAACGUUUAUGUGAUGUCAGUUCGGUUAUUUGUUGCCGCUGGUGAAUUCCUGUGACCCAGUUCCGUGAGCGGUUCAGGGACAGGCAAGUACUGGGCUCCAGACACAAAGAGCUUCGAAUGGUAGUCAGCACACUGAAUUCAGGAAUGCAUCUUCUCAGACAUGUUGCAGCGUUAGAUAAUAUAAAUCAUACAUACUUUUCAAAAGCAAUUGUUGUAUAAACCUGGAUUAAAAAGGUUUGUUGAAUAGUAGUGCUAUAUGUACUUCAGUUUACCUCUGUGUAGAGUAUCUGUAAAGCUUCUUUCUCCAUUCAUUUGAAGGGAUAUAUUAUAAAGGAUGAAGGUUAAUUUAUUAUCAAUACACAUACAUUUGUGUGUGUGAAAUUUGUAAAGGUAGAGCUUUUCCUUUUUUACAAAUGUCAAAAUUUAUUUAUUUUUGUUUAAAACAAAGGAUGUACUGCCAUUUCAGAAUCCGUUUGGGUGAAUUUUCUUGAAUUUGUACAAAUAAAAGCGUCCUUUUUAGCGCUGAAGGCAUAUUUUAAAAGUGUGUGCCUUAAUCGUCCAAUUUCUGAUGCAGUUUAUCUUUUUAAACUGAAAAGAAUGUUUUCACUCAAAUGAGAAACAGCAGUUAGAUCAAAAUUGAUAUGCGGCCCAAAUAACAUUUACAUAGGCUUGCAGUUUCAUUUCUCUUAUAACAGUGCAGUACUUUAGUAUUUUUCAUACAGAAAAUAUUUGUAUGUGCCCAGAGUUAUAGAAAUAUUAGUGAUUUUUAGACCAAAUGGCUAGUUUGUGUUCCAUACAACUACAAUCAUCUUAUAAAGCUGACAAAUGUUCAUGCCAUUCCAGAUACAUGCCUUGUUUUAAAAACGUGCAAUUAAAUAAAAAUAAACGCCUUAAAAUGUUGUUAAACUGUUCGGCAGAGUGUAAAACGUAGUCUUGGUGUUGUUUCUGAAUUGUACUGUUAAUUAUCUGACCAGAUUAAGUUAUAGCAUUAGCCUGUGAGGCCUCCCUGCUUUUGGAACAACGGGGAAGAGUUCGAAUAUGAUCCAAUGGGCAGUUCAUGGGUUAUGAUAACAAGAGUAGGUAGUGUAUACUAAGCGCUGGGAUAGCUGCCUUUGAUAUUUAUUCUUUGUUUUUUGGAACUAAAUAAAGGACUAUCAUUCCAGAAUAAGAAUUCCCCUCAAAGGCAGAUAUUGAAUCUUAUAUCGAGGCACAUGCAUUAACAACAGUUCGUUUGCGUUUAUUACAUAGGUUUGUUGGCAAAUAAUUUUCAGCAUUUAAAGGAAGUCUGCCUGUUACAAACAUCCACAGUUUGUGCCUUCAUCUGUUUCAUCUUGUAUCACAGAUUUACGUGGCUAUUAUUGAAAUAAAACUUGACCUUGGUACAA